UGUGUCUGUGCACGAAAAGGGAAAACUAACAAUUAGCCAACUCCGAAGAGAUAGGACAGAGGAACGUGAGCGUGGCAGAGUCGCCCGCCUGCCGUCCAAGAUUUUGUCGUUCUCACACUCCCACUUCAAUCUCAAUCCUGCUUCCCUUUCUCCUCAUCCCACCAAAGAUCAAAGGAAAUAAACUGAACCCCAGCUCCAUUUCUCCGGCAGCUUCUCCAAAUUUCCAAGAAUGGAUGGUGGAUUGAAGCCGAUGGAUGCAGAGCAAUUGAGGGAGUGUGCCCACAAGAUGGUGGACUUCAUUGCUGACUAUUACAAGAACAUUGAGAGCUUCCCUGUUCUUAGCCAAGUUCAGCCUGGAUAUCUGCGUGAACUUCUGCCGGACUCUGCGCCUGCUUGCCCUGAAUCAUUGCAAGAUGUUUUGGACGAUGUUCAGAAUAAAAUAUUACCAGGAGUGACCCAUUGGCAAAGCCCGGAAUACUUUGCAUAUUUUCCAUCCAAUAGCAGUGUGGCCGGGUUCUUGGGGGAAAUGCUUAGUGCUGGCAUAAACAUGGUGGGGUUCAGUUGGAUAACUUCUCCUGCUGCAACAGAACUUGAAAUGAUAGUUCUGGAUUGGCUUGCUAAGGCACUUAACCUACCUGAUGAAUUCCUUUCUACAGGAAAAGGUGGUGGAGUAAUACAGGGAACUGCAAGUGAAGCAGUAUUAGUUGUGCUUUUAGCGGCUCGAGACAAAGUCCUUACAAGGCUUGGGAAAGAUGCCAUUGGAAAGCUUGUGGGCUACAGUUCUGAUCAAACUCAUUCUGCUGUACUGAAAGCCUGCAAGAUAGCAGGAAUUCACCCUGAGAAUUGCCGGGUGCUGAAAACAGAUGCAUCCAGUGAAUAUGCUCUGUCUCCUGAAUCACUCAGUGACGCAAUCUCACAGGACAUAGCCUCUGGUUUAAUUCCCUUCUUCUUGUGUGCUACUGUUGGUACUACAUCAUCAACAGCUGUGGAUCCUCUGCCAGCAUUGGGGAAGAUUUCAAAUAGUAAUGGAUUGUGGUUUCAUGUGGAUGCUGCUUAUGCUGGAAGUGCUUGUAUCUGUCCAGAAUUUCGCCACUAUAUUGAUGGCGUCGAAGAAGCUACCUCGUUUAACAUGAAUGCGCACAAGUGGUUUUUAACGAACUUUGACUGUUCGGCUCUCUGGGUGAAGGACAGAAGUGCACUUGUCCAAUCAUUAUCAACGAAUCCUGAGUUCCUUCAAAACAAAGCUUCUCAAGGCAACUUGGUUGUGGAUUACAAAGAUUGGCAAAUCCCCUUAGGACGCAGGUUCAGAUCUCUGAAACUAUGGAUGGUGUUGAGACUUUACGGGCUGGAAAACUUGCAGGCUUACAUAAGAAACCAUAUUGAGUUAGCAAGGAAAUUUGAAGAACUUGUUAAGCUAGACCCGAGAUUUGAGGUCGCUGCCCGUCGGAAUUUCUCUUUAGUUUGCUUUCGCCUGUUGCCUACUCAUCAGAACAAUCUAGAGUCGGCUAACAGAUUGAACCGUGAGUUGCUUGAUGCUGUAAACUCGACAGGAAAACUCUUCAUCUCUCACACGGUACUAUCGAACAAGUAUGUAUUAAGGUUCGCGGUGGGGGCUCCGCUGACUGAAGAGAGGCAUGUGGUUGCGGCAUGGACAACGUUGCAAGAAAAGGCUUCCGGGUUACUCAGGAAUUCACAAGAAUAAGGUUGUUCUUUGCAUCUACCAAUUGAUUAGUUGCAAGUGCAAAGACUUUCUGUCUUGAUGACUAUCAUUUAGUGUUCAUGCAGUAUUUCUGCUGUUGUGUAGUUGAAGGCAUUCAUUAACUUCACCAACAGUACGAUUCUUACCGACAAAUGUAUAUUGCCUCUUUAAGGUGGUCCUUAAGUGAUUGAGGCCAUUUUGCACUUGUAAUAAAAUUGUUGUUCUGCAGUGCCUUUGUCUA